CCAAGAUUCUCUUAUCCAAAACCUUCACUGUCAAGGGUGCGAUCGUUGUAGGGUAAGGGCGAUUUUUCUCGCAGCAUCUACCGACAAGAAGUUGUGCCUUCUUGGCAGUUUUCUCAUUCCAACGCGUUACAUAGUUAAAUGGAAGGCCAGCACAAAUACUGAUAGCACUUUCCUUUGCACACGAACGUCACUAGGCAUGGAAGCCCUGAUCAAGACAAGCAUAAAUGGUGCCCAUGUGAUAAGAAUAAGUGCAUUGUCGUGAAGUUUGUGAGCAGUGUAGGAUAUCCUGCACAUUUUGCAAUGUCCGGCUAAUAGUUACAACCAAACUGUGAAGUUGCUUAGACUCAUAAUUGUAGCGCCAGGAUGUCUCUUGAGAGAGUUCUUGUUUUCCUUCUAUUGCUGACAUAUAGUUCGGGUAACUAUACUAGCACAUUGUGGGAGCACCGAUGUGAUCCUGGCUCGGAGAUAUUCGCCUGUACGGUACCAAACUUCCUGUACAAACCGAACCAAAAUCAUUCGAAGCUGAUUGCGCCGGAACCGGUGCACAAGGUACGGUUGGCUUAUCCCAGCGAUAAAGUAAUAUCACGUCAAGACGUUAUCAUAGCAUACGAUGCAACUCUUCACGAUGCUCUGCAUCGUCCGAAAGCGGUACAAAUAGCUAAUGCGGCGAUCAAACGGUUUGAAGUUCCACUCGAUCUCGAAUAUGCGGACUUUCGUGAUAACUACAUACAAACGGUGAUCGCACCGCAAGUAAACGGAUCAGACUACGCGCUACGGUAUCUGGAUUUGCGAAACAACGAGAUGGAUCGGAUCGACAACUUAAACGCGCUGGUGAACCUGGAAACGUUGAUUCUGUCGCAUAAUCGUUUCAUUAUCGUCGAUGGUUCGACGCUCAGUCGUUUCACCAAGCUGACCGGUUUGCAUUUGGGCAGCAAUUCGCUGGACGAGAUACCCGUUACCCAUCUGCCCGCCACACUCGAAUGGUUAGUUUUGAGCCACAACAUGUUGUUUGCAACAAUGGAUUUUACCGGCGCUCAUCUGCCAGCACUGAAGGUGUUGGAUUUACAGCACAAUUUCUGCAACGAGCUGAAUGUGAGCGUGUUACUGGUGGCCGCUCCCAAACUCGAGGGAAUAAUGCUUGAAGGUAAUUUCAUAUCUGGCAAGGAGGCAAAAGACAUCAUGCAAAGUCUGGUGGAUGCUGGAGUGUCACACGAUAAAUUCAUCACGAGCGACGAAGAGAUGGUUGCUGAAGAGAAUCAUUACUAUCGCACGCAACAGAAACUUAAGAUGCACGAGGAUAUCAUUUCCGCUAUGCUUGCGGUGGUAAAUGUAUGUGUGAUAGGUUGGGGAGUUUUCCGAGUGUACAAAUCCAGAAGUAGUACGGAAACAGUGCGUGCCGAUUGCAGCAGCGUUUGAGUAAAAGAAAUAAAUUUAAACA